GACCGAUACAAAGGAAAAUUUUGCAAAUUAACAAAUUAAUCAAUAUAAAUCGGCUCUAAGAAACAAAAAAGUAAUGGCAGAUCACGACGAAUUAAUUGCACAAUUUAUUGAAAUCAGUGGUGGCGAUGAAAAUGUAGCCAGAUUCUAUUUAUCCAGCAGUAAUUGGUCAUUGGAGGAUGCAUUGUCCAACUUUUUGGGUAACCAAGGUGAUGGGGACGGCGAUAAUAAUUCAGACAGUGCUGGGGGUCAAACCGACGAAGCUCCAGCCACCGGUAUGUCCGAAUCGAAGUCUGGCUCCUCAUCAGGCGGUGGUUCAUUCGGAAGGCAAAGUGCCAAACCAAGAUUUGCUACUUUAGGCGAUAUGUCGAAACGUUCGGGAGGCAAUCAAGACGACGAAGAAGGUCAGGCGUUUUAUGCCGGAGGAUCGGAUCGCUCAGGUCAACAGGUGUUGGGACCACCAAAACGUAAAAAUUUCCGAGAACAAUUAACAGAUAUGUUCCGCAUGGCUCAAGAGAGCAGUGCAAACAUGGAGAAUUCGCCGGCACCAAGUACUUCGUCAGGUGUGAGCUGGGGACAAGGUAUACGCCUUGGCAUGACCGAUAAUGAUCACUCGGUUGUGACCCCGGCUAACAAAGAUGGUGAGGCAAAAACAAAACCAGUGGUGGUACUGAAGUUAUGGAGCCAGGGAUUUUCUAUUGAUGAUGGAGAGCUACGUUUAUAUGAUGAUCCUCAGAAUAAGGAAUUCUUAGAAACUGUCAUGAGAGGUGAAAUACCAAAUGAACUACUGGAAAUGGGUUGGAUGGUAAAUGUUGAUGUAGAAGAUCACAGGCAUGAGGAUUACAAAAAGAAGCCCACCACUGUUAAAACAUUCAAGGGUGCUGGACACUCGUUGGGAAGUCCCACUCCCAAUGUAACUGCAGAAGAUACUACUGCUUCUACAUCGACUUCAGAUGUAAAGUCAAAUGAUGACGCAGCCAAAGAAAAACUUAAAUUGGAUAGUUCAGCACCGGUUACAACCAUUCAAGUAAGAUUAGCUGAUGGAACACGUUUAGCUGGCCAGUUCAAUUUAACGCAUACAGUGGCUGACAUUCAAGAGUAUAUACAAACAGCGCGUCCACAGUAUGGCAAUCGCAAUUUUAUAUUGGUUUCUUCAUUCCCCACACGCGAACUAACCGACCUAGCUGCAACUAUUGACUCAGCUGGUUUGAAAAAUGCAUCCCUAAUGCAGAGGCUAAAGUGAGAAGAUGACUGAUGGUAAGGUCACAAUACGGAAUCUAUCCUUCUGUUAUCAAUACGAAUUAUGUUUAUAAGGAAUUUCAUGGAUAAAUCAAUUCCAUUACACACAAGUUUUUGAUAUGAAAUCUAGAAUACACAAUAAACGAAUACUAAUAUGCUUAAUUUAAA